GAAACGGCGCGUCCUAAUGAAGUGGGUGGUCUGGUAAUGGAUACACGGGAAUCAGAGGUUUCGCACGUAGUCGCUGAAAAAGCUCGAGCACGGCAAGUACAGGCAAGUAGUGCAUCUGAAAGCACGUUGUGGAUAACAAUCAAAGCUCUGGCCAACACGCAUAUGAUCAUCUACAUGACCUCAGUUACGGUAAUGGGCUUUGGUGCUGGUAUUAUCUUCACGUUUCUCUACUGGCAUUUGCAGGAUCUUGGUGGCUCUCCAGUAUUGUUUGGUAUCCUUUCUGUAGUAAACCAUGCUUCUGAAAUUACCGCCUACUUCUUCACUUUUCAAAUAAUCAACAAAUUUGGGCAUGUUAAGGUCAUGUACAUUUGCCUCGCCGUCAAUGUCGUCCGAUUUUUGAUAUUGAGUUGGCUUGACAACCCGUGGAUGGUGGUACCACUACAGAUAUUACAAGGACUCACGCUGGCCACUUUGUGGGCAUCGGCUUCGUCGUACAUCUCCUUGAUUGCUCCUCCUAACAUCAAGUCAUCAGCGCAGUACAUUUUGCAACUACUUUACCAUGGCGUUGGCAAAGGUGUUGGCAGUAUUGCCAGCGGUAUGGUAAUAUCUGUGUUGGGAACUCGAGCAACGUUCAUAUUGUACGCUUUAAUGUGCGCAAUUAUGUGCGGUGGAGGAUAUGCGCUGAACAAAUUAUUCAAAUAUGAAGGCAUCAAAUAUGGCGCUGGAAUGUUCGAGGAAGACGAGAUGGACAUGAUGGAGCCGCGAAAAGCUGAUGCAAAUUGA